UUCGGAUAGCGAUAUUUGAGGGUUGCUAGUCGGCCUCUUGUUCCGUGAAUGAGAAUGGUUACUACUGCUAGUAAUGCUUUUUCUUUUUGGUUAGCAUUGAGUGACUUCCUGUUCGAGUGGGGGAAGAGAGUGAGAAGAGCUAGCAGAUGUGAUGGAAAAUUGGUGUGGAGGUUCAUUAUAUAUGAAAAGGUUAAGGCCAUCACACCAUAAUAAUCCACUUCGGUCUCAUUCUUGCGAAACAGGAGGGUCACGCAAGGCCACCCCACUAGCAAAGGGACCUACCCAAGGACGUGAGGGUAGAUCAAAGCCGGUGGAUCCAGAUCUAUGUCAGAUGACAACCGAUGAGGUAUCUGAGGUGAAUGGAAGAGUUAUUGUUGUGAUGGAAUGGGAAGGGAUACGGAACGGGUUCUUCAUCCAGUGUGUUGUAGCAUAGCCUCCAGGUCACCCAGUCCGCACAGGGCCAAGUCAGACGUAAAUGACGGGGAAC